GUGUGCACAAGUGUGUGUGUGCAUUUCGGGUUUUGUUUAUUUUCUGCCGCUGUUCAUCAAAAUGAAAGCAAAGCAGCUCAGACACAUGACAGCGCUUCGCCCGGCUGGAGUUCAUGUGGCCACACUCAGCUGCUGACAGAGAGCACCGGCUGUAUUGUUGCAUUGCUGGUCCCCUCCUUCCUUCCUCCUCCUCUCCCCUCCCUUCCCUCAUCCAUCCAUCCGUCCACCCCCUCUCCUCUGCACACACGCACACCGAUUUGCGCAUCACCUCCUCCGGCAUAAUGACCAACGAUUCCCCGGAGGAGGAGACCCGAGCUCCGGGCGGCGGUGGCGGAGGAGGUGGUAAAGGGAUCGCACGAAGGAACCGAGCGGACGACAAUGUCACCAUCCUGACAUCGUCCAUGGAUUUACAGAGAGCCAGCCGGAGCCGAGCCAGCAGCAGCAACGAUGCCGCCCAGAGCCUCACAUCCUCCGUGGAUCUGAGCACCUCCUCCCUGGAGCUGAGCAUCCAGACGCGGAUCUUUAAGAUCAUCGUCAUCGGGGACUCCAACGUGGGGAAGACCUGCCUCACCUUCCGCUUCACCGGCGGGAGCUUCCCCGACAAGACCGAGGCCACCAUCGGCGUGGAUUUCAGGGAGAAGGCGGUGGAGAUUGAAGGAGAGACUAUCAAGGUGCAGGUAUGGGACACAGCAGGCCAGGAGCGCUUUCGUAAAUCCAUGGUGGAACAUUACUACCGCAAUGUCCACGCGGUGGUCUUUGUGUAUGAUGUCACCAAGAUGACUUCCUUCCGCAACCUGCAGACAUGGAUAGAGGAGUGUAAUGGCCAUCGGGUCUCAGCAUCAGUACCUCGAGUCCUGGUGGGAAACAAGUGCGACCUUGUUGACCAAAUACAGGUGCCCUCCAACAUGGCGUUGAAGUUCGCCGACGCCCACAACAUGCUGCUGUUUGAGACGUCGGCCAAGGACCCGAGGGAGAGUCAGAACGUCGACUCUAUCUUCAUGUCGCUGGCGUGCCGCCUGAAGGCCCAGAAAUCCCUGCUCUACAGAGACGUGGAGAGGGAGGAUGGGAGGGUCCGACUCACACAAGAGACUGAAACAAAGAGCAGUUGUCCUUGUUGAGGAAAAGGAGGAGUGGGAGGCAUAAUG